UAGUUCUUCCACUGACUUACCUCACUUUGGGUUCAUCACCACUCCAUUUCAUACACAUUUCCUUCGGAGAUCCCAAAGCCACAGCCACGAGGUAUUCACUUUCUCAUUCUUUCAUCUCUAUAAGAGCUGAAUUCUUUCCUUGCUUUCAUUUCUGGCUGCGAUUUCGCGAUUUCGUUCUGCUUCUGUGAUUUUCUCUGUGUCGAGACCUCCCGGAGCUUUCAUGGCGGCUGUUAGUUCGAGCGCUGUUGCUUUUAGUAAGGUUGGAAUUGUUGGUAAAUUUGAAGGCGGUGUUGAUCGGAGAGCUGGUUCUGUUCAGCAAUGGUCACCGAUUUGUAGCGGAGCUGGAUCGAAUCAGCUUCGAGGUUGCUUUGGCCUACAGUUAAGAUCGAAGAGCUCUUUUGCUUCUACAGGAAUUAAAGCUCAGGUUGCUACAGCUGAACAAGCUAGCAUUAAGGAAGGCCAGCAAGUAGAAGCGCCUGUGGCUAUUGUGACCGGAGCCUCGAGAGGAAUUGGAAAAGCCAUCGCAUUGAGUUUGGGAAAGGCGGGUUGUAAGGUCCUGGUUAAUUAUGCUAGAUCGUCAAAGGAGGCUGAGGAAGUUUCUAAAGAGAUUGAGGGUUUUGGUGGGCAAGCUAUUACUUUUGGUGGAGAUAUGUCAAAGGAGGCUGAUGUGGAUUCAAUGAUUAAGACAGCCAUUGAUGCUUGGGGAACUGUUGAUAUAUUGAUCAACAAUGCAGGAAUUACUCGUGAUGGCUUGUUGAUGAGGAUGAAGACAUCUCAAUGGCAGGAGGUGAUUGACCUGAAUCUCACCGGUGUAUAUCUCUGCACUCAGGCAGCAUCCAAAGUUAUGAUGAAAAAGAAGAAGGGUAGAAUAAUCAAUAUAGCAUCAGUUGUUGGCCUCGUUGGAAAUGUUGGGCAAGCGAACUACAGUGCUGCAAAGGCAGGGGUGAUUGGUUUUACAAAGUCCGUUGCCAAGGAAUAUGCAAGCAGGAACAUCAACGUUAAUGCUAUUGCUCCUGGGUUUAUUGCGUCGGACAUGACUGCCAAGCUUGGGCCAGAGAUUGAGAAGAAAAUUCUGAGCACCAUCCCCUUGGCAAGAUAUGGCCAACCUGAAGAAGUCGCUGGACUCGUUGAAUUCUUGGCACUCAACCCUGCUGCUAGUUACAUUACAGGACAGGUUCUUACCAUCGAUGGUGGGAUGGUUAUGUAGGUGGGGGCUGCUCAUAAGAGAAGAGAUAGUUCAGAGUUUAUAAUAUAAGUGGCCCUGGGAUUGCGGAUUUUUUUUUCACCAGAUAUGACCAUAUACUUAUUUACUAUGGUUUUCGGAUUCCCUUGUCAAACGAUACAUGUUAUUGUUUUCCCACUUUUUGCCCCUUUUUCGAGUUCCAAUUAUACUUGCGGUUUCCAAA